GCGCAUUCAAUGCCUGCAUAUCUCGAGUGCUCGACUUCCGAUGGAGGCAUUGGAGUUUCGUGGAGCAGUUCAUCGUGCGGCCGUCAAGUGCUGGCCCCUCCUCCGGCCAGGCAGUGUGUCCCGUGGUUCACGCGCACGCUGAAAGCAGCCCCAGCGGGUCGCAUCAGCCAGUCGUGGGAACAGGAGGAACGACCUUUGAUUACCUCCAGCAGCACAUCACGGACUCGCAGAACGCCCGAAUUCCAAUGUGGCCGAAGGCAGACAUCAUAGCUCGUACUCCAGAACUUCACGCGGCUGGUGCGCCUGACAAAGACAGGAAGGAUGGGAAGGAGCUUUGGAGCAUCCCACCCCUCAACGAGGCAGAUGGCCUCUGGGAUGCCUCUGGGCCCAAUGGCUUUGUGACCAACC